GGACGAUAGCAGUAGAGAGAGAGAGGGAGAGAGGCCACACGCAGACACAGCGAGGAGAGAGAAGGAGCAUUGCAGCUGUGCAGAGAGAGGCACAAGGAGGCAGGCAAGGCAAGGGCACACAGUCCUCCUGCUUGCCCCCACCCCCCUCCUCCCCCCUGUUCUAUACUCACGCACGCCAAGGAAGCAACAGCAUCCCUACCCCCCUUCUUCCUUCUUCCACAUCCAAACGCACCAAGAAAUCCUCGCCAUCCCGCGUCCGCGCCGUUCGUCCCAGAUCUCGCAUCCGAGUAGAGGGGGGCGCGCGCUAUUAUGUGGGAUUAGGUAGAUGAGGGCGGCGCUGUUGGGUGCCGAGCGGAACGGGGGAGUGGACCACCACCUCGCCGGCAGGGGCAGCGGGAAAGAUCUGUUCUGGGCGGCGGCGGGGGGACUGGAGCCGCGGUCGGUGCUGGACUGCUCGCGGAGGCUGAGCCCGCCUAAUUCCACAUCGACGCUGUCGUCGUCCCUCGGCGGCGGCGCGGCUGACUCGACCGGCGUGGCGGCGGUUUCGGAGAGCAGCGCCGGCGACGCCGAGGCCACCAAAUGGGGGGCGCCUGGAGACCACGGCGGCGGCGGAGGAGGCGGUGGGGGGAGGAAGGAGGACUGGGGCGGCGGCGGAUGUGAGCUGCCGCCGAUACCUGGGGCCCUGGAUGUGGGCCUUGUCGGUGGCGAGGGCUGGGACGCCAUGCUCGGCAACGCCGCGGCGGCAGCCGGCCAGGACCAGACCUUCUUGAACUGGAUCAUGGGGGCCGCCGGCGACCUGGAGCUGCCCGUGCCGCCGCUUCCAAUGCAUCAGCAGCCGCUUGUCGACAAUGCAGGGUUCGGAUUCUCCGCCGUCGACCCACUGGGCUUCUCGCUCGACCACCCCCUCGGCGGCGUCUCCUCUGACCUGUCGUCCUCCGGGGCCAUGUCCCACACGACCACCGGCGGCGGCGGCAGUGGAGGCGGGAGCAAAGCGUCCUCGGCCUUCGGCCUCUUCUCACCGGAGGCUGCCUCGCUCCAGCCGCCGCCACCUCCGAUGCUCUUCCACGAAGGUAUCGACACAAAGCCCCCUCUUCUCGCCUCCCAGCCGCCUGGCCUCCUCAACCAGUACCAGCACCAACCGCCGCCUCCCGCCGCAGCCUUCUUCAUGCCCCUCUCCUCCUUCCCCGAUCACAACCAGCGCUCGCAGCUUCACCAGCCACCGCCCAAACGCCACCACUCCGUCCCAGACGACCUCUACCUCACUCGAAACCACCUAGGCACCUCGGCGGCGGGGCAGGGCCUCGCGUUUUCCCCGUUACAUGGCUCAGUUCCGUUCCAGCUCCAGCCUUCGCCGCCGCCGCCGCUCCGCGGGGCGAUGAAGACGACGGCUGCAGAGGCGGCGCAGCAACAGCUGCUGGACGAGCUGGCUGCGGCGGCGAAAGCAGCUGAAGCCGGCAAUUCCACUGGCGCGCGAGAGAUAUUGGCGCGGCUCAAUCACCAGCUUCCCCCGGUCGGGAAGCCUUUCCUCCGCUCCGCCUCCUACCUCAAGGAGGCCCUCCUCCUCGCGCUCGCCGACGGCCAGCACCACGGCGCCUCCCGCCUCACCUCACCGCUCGACGUCGCCCUCAAGCUGGCGGCCUACAAGUCUUUCUCCGACCUGUCGCCCAUGCUGCAGUUCGCCAACUUCACGGCCACGCAGGCGCUUCUCGACGAAAUUGCCUGCAGCGCGGCUUCCUGCAUCCAUGUCAUUGACUUCGACCUUGGCGUCGGCGGCCAGUGGGCUUCCUUCUUGCAGGAGCUGGCGCAUCGCCGUGGUGCUGGUGGUGUAGCCUUGCCGUUGCUGAAGCUAACGGCCUUCGUUUCAGCUGCUUCUCACCAUCCACUGGAGCUUCACCUUACUCAGGAUAACCUCUCACAGUUUGCUGCUGACCUCGGAAUUCCUUUCGAGUUCAAUGCAGUCAGUAUUGAUGCUUUCAGUCCAGCGGAGCUCAUUUCUCCCACUGGCGAUGAAAUUGUAGCUGUUAGCCUCCCUGUUGGUUGCUCUGCUCGUGCACCACCGCUGCCAGUAAUCCUUCGGUUGGUGAAACAGCUUGGUCCGAAGAUUGUUGUCGCUAUGGACUAUGGAGCUGAUCGCGCUGACCUCCCAUUCUCGCAGCACUUCCUGCAUUGCUUUCAGUCUUGCAUGUUCCUCCUUGACUCGCUUGACGCUGCUGGAAUUGAUUCGGAUUCUGCCUGCAAGAUUGAGAGGUUUCUGAUCCAGCCAAGAGUUGAAGAUGCGGUGCUUGGGCGGCGCAAGGCUGACAAAUCAAUGGCAUGGAGGAAUGUGUUUGCAGCUGCUGGCUUCACACCAGUGCCGCUCAGUAACCUUGCUGAGGCCCAGGCUGACUGCCUCCUGAAGCGGGUGCAAGUCCGAGGGUUCCAUGUGGAGAAACGCGGCGUUGGGCUCACACUCUUUUGGCAGCGCGGCGAGCUUGUAUCCGUAUCAGCAUGGCGGUGCUGAUCAUCCAUCACCGCCACUUUCUAUCAACAUUCGGCCACCGGAUGCACGGAUCUUCAACUCCAGUAAUGUGCAUUUUGUCUUGCAAUUAAAUGUUGAGGAGGAAAUUACUGUCUUGGUUGUUGCAACACCCCGUAUUGCUCUCGUCGCAGCUUAUUAGCUAGGCCUAGUGGAUUUAGCAAUAUCGGUGCUGGUAUCUCUACGGUGUAAUGAUGUUGCUCUAGGUUCUUACCACGUUGUUCUCACUCUCUGCGCAGUUAGCCUUUAUCUUGUCAUUUGAAGCACUGCUUGUGAGUAGAGAGGAUAAUUUAACCUGUCAAAUGGUUCUAUGGUACAGUAUUGCUAUUUGCUCACCUUGUUUUAGUUAUUCCUGUGGUACCUUGAUUGUGCAUUUUUGUUGUCAUGCACUGAACUGUAAUGGAUGGUUCUAGGUAUGUCUAUUUAUUUUUGCAUUGUU